GUUGGGGAGCAGCCUUGGGUGCAUGAGCAGUCAACUGGGGGAGGUUGGGCACAAAGUGAGAAGAACCACAUAAACAUCCUUGAAUUAAAAGCUGCUCUUUUUGCUUUAAAAUCAUUUGCUUCUGAGAUCAAGGGAAAACAUGUUAAAAUUAUGAUUGAUAACAGCUCCGCGGUAUUUAUUAUCAACAAUAUGGGUACUAGUCAUAACGAUACAUGUAAUUCAAUUGCACUUGAGAUAUGGGAAUUUUGUAUCCAAAAUCAGAUUCGGCUUACUGCUGCUCAUUUGACGGGGUCAUGCAAUGUGGUGGCAGAUAGAGAAUCUAGAACCCUGUACAAGGAUGCAGAGUGGAUGCUAAAUCCUAAGGAUUUGGCAUCAGCACUGGAACAAUUGCAGUUUCAGCACUGA